GGGGGGGACGACACACAGAGCACCGGCCAGGAGCCACCGUCGCCAUCAUGGGCCACCGGGCAGCGGCCCCCCCACUGCUCAGCCGGGUCCUGCGUGGGGCAGAGGAGGACCGCUCAGCCCAAGCCACGCUGGCCGCCUGGCGCGAGUACCGGCACGCCUGCGAGCUUCGCCUGCGCCUCGAUCCCCCGGCACCCGGACCUGUCUGCAACCGCAGCUUCGACAUGUACGCCUGCUGGGGGGACGCGGCGCCCAACAGCACCGUCACCGUCCCCUGCCCCUGGUACCUGCCCUGGCACCACCGAGUGCAGGGCGGGGUGGUGGCUCGGCGCUGCGGACCCGACGGGCGGUGGGUGACGGACGAGACGGGGCGACCCUGGCAGGAUCAUUCGCAGUGCGAGGACCUGGCGCAGGAGCAGCCGCUGCAGCGGCAGGCCUGGCUGCUGGAGCAGUUCCGCCUCCUCUACACCGUGGGUUACUCCCUCUCCCUCGUCGCCCUCCUCCUGGCGCUGCUGCUGCUCCUGCUCUUCAGGCGCCUGCGUUGCACCCGCAACUUCAUCCACGCCAACCUCUUCCUCUCCUUCAUGCUGCGGGCGGGCGCCAUCCUGACGCGGGACGCUCUGCUGCGACGGCACCUGCACCCCGGCCCCGGGCACCCUCUGCAGCUGCUGGGUCAGCAGGCGGUGGCAGGGUGCCGGCUGGCCCAGGCGGUCACCCAGUACUGCGUGGGUGCCAACUACGGGUGGCUGCUGGCCGAGGGGCUCUUCCUCCACAAGCUCCUGGUGCUCGCAGCCUUCUCCGGCGAGCGCUGCCUCCCCGCCUUCCUCCUCCUCGGCUGGGGAGCCCCCGUGCUCUUCGUGGUGCCGUGGGUGGUGGUCAGGUACCUCUACGAGAACGAGGGGUGCUGGGAGAGGAAUGAGAAGGCGGCGGUGUGGUGGAUCAUCCGAUGUCCCAUCCUGAUGGCCGUGGCGGUGAACUUCGUGGUGUUCGUGCGCAUCGUCCGCAUCUUGGUGGCCAAAGUCCGGGCGCAUCAGGUGUCGCGGGGGGACACCAGGGUCAGGCUGGCCCGCUCGACGCUGACGCUGAUCCCGCUGCUGGGGGUGCACGAGGUGGCCUUCGCCCUGGUGGGUGAGGGGCAGGGGGGGGGCACCCUGCGCCUGGUGCGGCUCUGCCUCCAGCUGCUGCUCUCCUCCUCCCAGGGCCUCGUUGUCAGCGUCCUCUACUGCUUCGUCAACAAGGAGGUGCAGGCGGAGGUGCGACGUGGGUGGCAGCGGUGCCGUCUGGGUGCCCCCUGCCCCCCCGUGCCCCCCCGCGCCCCCCCCCGUGGCACCCGUCGCUACGUGGCCGUGGGGGGGCAGCGCCCGGCACCCUCCGAUCCCGGGGGGCACCCGAUCGCCGAGAGCUGCUGCUGA